AUGAAAUUGUUCUAAAAAGCUAUUAAUCUAUCAAAUAAAUUACACACAUAAAACAUAUUUAAAUUUGGUACUGGUACAGGUUUCACUAAAUAAUACUCAUUAACUGCUACUGGUACUGGUUGGAAUGCUAAUAUCACUGAUAAUGGGAAUUACAAAAUAUAAACUGAUCCAAAGGUUAACUAACCUUUAUAUUUGUUCUUAUCCUCUUUGAUUGCUUGUGAAUAAGCCACAGGUAACUUCAUAGCUAAACAAAUGGGUAUUACAAUAAAAAACGUUCACUUUGACAUAAAGGGAGAAAGAGAUGAAAGAGGGUUUGGUCAUCUCCCAAUCACUGAAGAACCACCUGUCACAUCUGCUUUCCAAAAAAUUUAUGGAACUGCAAUUGUAGAAACUGAAGCCUCAGAAGAGCAGAUCAAGCAAUUAAGCGAAAUCCUCAAAAUAAGAUGCCCUGUAGCAAGAAUGGUAGUUUAAUCAGGUUGUCAAUUAGAUAUUCAAUGGAAGAAGAAGUGA